CGUUUCCUCCUCCACACAACUCCUCACCCACCAUCUUCCUUCAUCUUUCUCUCUUUCUCUUUCUCUUUCUUUGUUUUAUCAAAUGGGUUUUGAUUUUGAUCCGUCUUUGUGGCUGCACUCUCUCUCCACCACUUUCUGCUUCAUUUUCUUCACUUUCACUGCCUCAUUCUCCUUGUUUUCUUUCUUCAUCUUUCUAUUCCUGAAGCUCAAGCCCUGGUGUCAGUGUGAGACUUGCCGGAGUUUUCUCACUACCAGUUGGUCCAAGGAUUUUCCUAAUCUUUGUGAUUGGUACACACAUCUUCUUGGGAAAUCACCAACCGGGACUAUACAUCUUCAUGUCCUUGGAAAUAUCAUCACUGCCAACCCCGAAAACGUCGAGCACAUCCUCAAAACCAGGUUCGAUAACUACCCUAAAGGCAAACCUUUCUCUGUUAUCUUGGGUGAUCUUCUGGGUCGUGGUAUAUUCAAUGUCGAUGGCGAUUCCUGGAAGUUUCAAAGAAAAAUGGCGAGUUUUGAGCUCGGUAGUGUCUCUAUACAUCACUAUGCUUUCGAUCUUGUCAUGUCUGAGAUUCAGUCCAGGCUAAUCCCUCUCUUAUCAUCGGUUUCUGAAAAAGAAACGGUGUUAGAUCUCCAAGAAGUAUUUCGUCGAUUUUCGUUCGAUAAUAUUUGCAGAUUCUCGUUCGGUUUAGACCCCGGUUGUCUCCAGCUGAGUAUGCCUUUAUCAGAAUUUGCAGUCGCUUUCGAUCUUGCAUCGAAGAUAUCUGCUGAAAGAGGAUUGGCUUCAUCACCAGUAAUUUGGAAAAUGAAGCGGCUGCUGAAUUUGGGCACCGAGAAAAAGCUGAAAGAAGCGUUAAAAUUGGUGAAUGAACUAGCCGAGAAAAUGAUAAAUGAACGCCACAAAUUGGGAUUCUCCACCAAGAAUGAUCUUCUAUCAAGAUUCAUGGGUUCCAUCAACGAUGACAAAUAUCUCCGAGACAUUGUCGUCAGCUUCCUUUUAGCUGGCCGUGACACGGUAGCCUCAGGCUUAACCAGCUUUUUCUUCUUGUUAUCUCAACACCCGGAAGUCGAGUCAUCGAUCAAGGAAGAGUCAGACCGAGUCAUUGACCCGAACCAAGGUUUUGUCAGCUAUGAACAAAUUCGAAAUAUGCAUUACUUAAACGCUGCGGUACAUGAAAGUAUGAGGCUAUAUCCGCCAGUACAGUUUGAUUCAAAGUUCGCUCAAGAUAAUGACGUGUUGCCGGAUGGUACAUUUGUUAGAAAAGGCAGUAGGGUUACUUAUCAUCCAUAUGCAAUGGGGCGGAUGGAGCGGAUUUGGGGUCCCGAUUGUCUCGAAUUUAAGCCGGAGAGAUGGUUAAAAGAAGGCAAAUUCAAACCCGAAAACCCGUUUAAGUAUCCAGUUUUUCAAGGUGGGCUUAGGGUUUGUUUGGGCAAAGAAAUGGCCCUAGUAGAAAUGAGAAGUGUGGCUCUUGCCAUGGUGAGGCAGUUUAAAGUCAGGUUGGUGGAACCAAAUCAGUCACCACGGUUUGCCCCCGGUUUGACUGCGACUAUGAGAGGGGGUUUACCUGUAAUGGUUCAACAAAGAAGAGAUUGAGACACAGAAAAAAACACCAUCGUUGGGGCGUUUAUUGUCAGGGCUGACCUUAAUUAAUAAUCACAUUGUAC